AUGGCUACAUUGUUAGAAGUAUUAGUUACUAGUGACUCGAAUAAUACAUUAUGGACAAAUGCGGUCUGGGACCCACAUACCGGCACCAGUUUGAUGACUUACAAAGGAGGUGGUACAGCUGAAACAAAGACCGUUACGUUUAUUGGGAAUGAUUAUUUAGCAGCUGUGGAGAAGACGAAGCCAGUAUUACAUAUAUGGCCAUUGAACUCGUAUCAAACUGUACAAGGCAUGCGGUUUAUAUUGCCAGGAAAGGCUACAGCCUUCGCAGUAUCACGUGAUGGAGCAUUUUUAGUAGCUGGGAUUGAAGAAAAAAUUUACCUAUGGCAAACAGCUUCUGGUAACCUUUUAACGAUCAUAAGUAAACACUAUCAAAAAGUGGCCUUAUUAAAAUUUACACCAGACGGACGCUAUUUUGUGUCAGCAUCUGAUGAUGGGAUAGUGAUGGUAUGGUCACUAGCUACAGUGGCUGCUCAUCCUGAAGUGGACUUAGUAUCACAGACAUCUGCCGGCCAGCAUGAUCCAGUUUAUAUAUUUUCCAAUCACUCUCUACCUGUGAGUGACAUGUGCAUCAGUAAGACAGGCAUGCACGGACGUCUGUGUACUGUAUCCAGUGACAGAUCUUGCAAAAUCUAUGACUUGUCUUCUGGAGAGCUGCUGUUGAAUCUAGUAUUUGAUGUUCCGCUGUCCUCUAUAACAAUGGAUGUCUUAGAGCUGAAUAUAUUUGUGGGAACCAUGGAAGGAAAGAUUUAUCAAUUUAGUCUCACGAAUCCUCCACGAAACAGAGAUGUGUUGGUGAACACAGAUGUUACUUGUCCUACUUUCUCUUUACACUCAAAGGCUGUAACAUGUUUGUCUGUGUCAUUGGAUGGUGAAACACUCAUGUCGGGUGGAAAUGAUGAACAAGUAGUGCUGUGGCACAUACCUAGUAAACAACCAGUGAGAAUAAUGAGACAUAAAGGUCCAAUAACUAAUGCAUUCUUCACAACAAACUAUCCAGCUAUUUAUAAACAAGAAUUUUCUCCUAACAUCAUUCUUCACAGCUUAGAAAGAACAUUGGAAAAAGAUGCAGAUGAAAUCACAGAGAUGGAAGUCCUUAUGAAGACAAAGAUUAGUUUCUGGCCCGAGCCUCAAGAGAAAAUUGAAGAUCAUGAAACUUCAAAAGAGUUAGAGAAUGAGUUCAAAUACAAGGAAGAGGACCUUCUUGCCCAGCUCAAUAAAUUAAAAAUUAUUAAUUCAAAUCUUUAUUCUAUGGCUGUUCAGAAAUCUUUGGAUUCUGUUUCCUUAGUCCAACCUGCAUCAAAUAAAAAUAAGAAGAAUAGGAAGAGAAAACAGAAGGCUAAUGAAUAA